AUGGAUAUAUUGCUUGAUAAGCACAAAGAGAUUCAUCUGGCUAAGAUCAAGAAUGGUGAUAUGCCCACGGGAAGAGUGAUAGAAGUUUUGGGCAUUGUUGAGGAUGACACGCGUAAUCCAACUAAGGUAGGAGGUUAUGUUCAUAAAAUGGAGACAUUUAACUUUGUGUUCAUCAUGAAGAUGAUGUUAAAACUACUUCGUAUGACAAAUGAUGUCUCUUUUCUAUUGCAAAAGAAGGAUCAAAAUAUUGUUGAGGCAAUCUCUUUGGUUACGGAUGUGAGAACACGUUUGGUCAAUUGGAGGAAUCAUGGUUGGGAGUCACUCUUUGAAGAGGUCAAAUCAUUUUGCAUUGAAAAUGAAGUCAUAAUCCCAAGUAUGGAUACCAUGGUAACAAGAUGGGGUAAAACAAGAAAAGGAGGAAAAUACCAGGUCACCACUGAUCAUUUUUAUCGUGUUGACACCUUCUACGUUGCUAUAGACUCUAUUGUCACUGAGUUUGAUCAUCGUUUUAAUGAGGCAUCUUUAGAGGAUGCCCUUGAGCUAUUCCAUGUUCAUAUGACGAGAGUUGAAGAUUUUAGAGAUUGUCUUGACAUUGCAAGCCUAGCUAAAAGGAUGGUUGAACUUAAUAGGCACACCAUGUUUCCUACAGUUUACCGCCUCAUUGAGUUGGCAAUGCUUUUACCGGUGGCGACGGCAACAGUUGAAAGAGUCUUCUCAGCUAUGAAGAUUACCAAGACAGAGUUGCGCAACAAGAUGUCUGAUGGUUGGCUUAAUGAUUUGAUGGUGUGCUACAUCGAGCGAGGGAUAUUCAAAAGUCUUGAUCUUUCUGAAAUUAAAAAAGAUUUUCAGAAGGAAGGUAGGGCUCUGCCAUUGCCUGGAACUUCAAGACGACACUAA